AUGGCAGAAUUCGAAACAAAGGGGAAUCUUUUUCACGUGGGUUAUGCUUUACCUGCAAGAAAAAUUAAAGCUUUCAUGGUGCCAUCGUUCAUCGACAUCGCUAGAGAACGAGGCAUUGAUUUCAUCCCAAUCGACGUUUCAAAACCACUCACUGAUCAAGCUCCCUUCGAUUGCAUCCUUCACAAGGUCUACGGCAAUGAAUGGAACCUGAAUCUCCAGAAUUUCUCCGUCAGCAACCCCAACGCCACCAUCAUCGACCCUCUCUCCGCCAUCCAGCGCCUCCACAAUCGCAUCUCCAUGCUCGAACCCGUCUCUCAACUCAACAUCCCCCAACUCAAAAUCCCAAACCAAAUCCUAGUUCGAGAUGCAGAGUCUUUGAAAAAUGUCGAAACUACAAGUGGUUUGAAUUUUCCGGUGAUAGCGAAAUCCCUGCUUGCUGACGGGACCACUAAAGCGCACGAUAUGUCACUGGUGUUCAACCACGAUGGGCUAAUGAAAGAAAUCAAACUGGAGCCACCCAUGGUGCUGCAACAGUUUGUGAACCACGGUGGGACCAUCUUCAAGGUUUAUGUAGCCGACGAUUACGUUAAAUGUGUGAAACGGAGUUCGUUGCCGGAUCUUUCAAAGGACACCAUAGACAAGAUUGCAUCAGACUCCGGUGGAGCUAUAAGUUUCUCUCGGAUAUCAGGUGCUGUAAUCGCUGACGGAAGGAGCGAUAAUAACUCCGGUGAGGAGCUAAAGAUGCCGGCGACUGAAUUCCUCGUUGAGGUGGCGAAGGGACUGAGAAAGGCUCUUGGACUGCACCUGUUUAAUUUCGAUAUGAUUAGAGAUGGUGAAGGAGAUGGGUAUCUGGAAUCGGAAAAGAUGACAAAGAACGAGAUCGAGUGA